CCUAGGUGUUGUUUCACCUUCGAUUUACAAUUAAAACUAUUCAAACAAGGUUUCAACUCAUUCUAAUUGUACUUUUUCUUGGUUUCUCUUAAGGACAACAUCAUUAACUAAAGCUGUUUCUUCAAGAUCAUUCUCACCAUCGAUCAAUUUUUUGAGACAAAAAAGUGAAGGUUGUUUUCAUUUGAAGCAACAAGUUUUUUCUUCUAUGUUCAUUAUUAACAUUAUGAAUAGUCUUAUUUAUUUAAUUUUAUUAUUAAAUAUUGUUUGAUCUUUUGGUCUAAACACAUUUCGCAAGCAAAUCAGAUUAAGUAUGUAAACAAAGUGUCUAUAGUUAGUCUUUCUAUUACCAUAAGAUAAGCAACUUGAACAUCCCAUGUUAAUCACGCAGCUAUAACUGUUUUCCUGUAUAUCUCAUCUAUGGUGAAACAACCUUGUAAAAAUAACAGCCAAUAUCAUCUUCAAUUAAAUGCUAUAUUUACUAUAUUUAACUAACUGGUUAAAUAUCAAUUGUGUUUCUUUUAUAAUAUGAUUAUCAUGUGUUGAACUUCCAAGUGGAUUAUUACUGUGGAGCAUAUUGUGGUGUAAUUUCGCGUUGCACUUGUUGCCCAGUUGGUAUUUAUUUCAUAGUGGUUUUUAAACCUUCUUAAUUAAGCAUACCUGAUUAUCAUCAUUUAAAUACGUGUUGAGGAAAAACCAUAGAAUAUAUAGUGAUCAUAUAAUGAUCAGAGAUAAACCUCGGAUAAGAGGUACAUCUCUUCAUCAUCUUUACUUUCGCUGUAACAACCUGUUGCUUUAAUGUUCAAAUAUUAUAACUGUGCUUAUCUUAAAGUCUUUGUUUACUUUUGCCAUUCCUUUGGUUGAUUGAACCUAAAAACAAACUUAUUUCUCAACCUGAUUCCGGAAAAAUAAUAUUGACUCAAUGGUAGCUCGAAUACUCAAAACUUGUCUCCUUUUGAUUUUACCCUCCAUCUUUUAUUCCAUCGAUUAUGUUUUGGCUUCAUCGCUCGUUGAAAAGGGUACCAACGGAAAUUAUGGUGAUUUAUGUUCAAGUGAUCCAUUUGAACCUGAUAAAGGUUCUUGUUGGUGUUUCUAUUCAAAUCCAGUAAAUAUAAGCUGUAGCCAUGUUGGCUAUUUGGAGAUAAUAACUAAUGCCAUAAACCAGACCUCAAAGACUCAAGAUAAUUCAAAAUUGGCAUUACAGGUGAACGAGUCUUCUGAAACAAUCGAUCAAAUUGUGGCUUGGUUAACUAAUGGCUCCUACGAAGAAGUUUUUGCGUCACUGGAAUUGCUUCAUCUAUCAUGGAAUGGCCUAACUUUGGUUGAUUUACGUUUUUUCACCAAAUUAUCCAAUCUAAAAGAAUUAGACCUUUCAAGUAACCUGAUUGUCAGCGUUAUCUGGGUUUCGCUACCUUCUUUAACAUUUUUAAACUUAAGUCACAAUCGUUUAACUUACAUAAGUUUGAAUGAUGCCCUUAGAAAUUUUCCACUUCUAGAAAAAUUUGAUGUCUCAUCGAAUUUUCUGAAAAGCAUGGAUGGAUUGGACCAAUUGAAACCAAACAAAUUGUUCAGUUUGUACAUACAUGACAACCCAUUAGAUUGUAAUAACCCAUCAAUUGUCAAGUUAGGUGGAUUAAUUUACUCAAAUCGAGAUCCAACCAAACAAGGGACCAACAUGAUUAGACAACCGUGGGAUAUCCUCUGUUCUGAGCCUGUUAAAUGGAAAGAAAUGACUGUCGAACAAGCUUACUCUGUUAAGCAAACUUCCAUUUGUCACCAAUGUGAUUGUUUUAUGAUCAAGAAAGAUCUUCUCAUGGUUAACUGUAGCUACCGUGAUUUGACAUCUCUUCCGAAAAAUCUACCUCUUGGAGCACGAAUAGUUCAAUUAAAUGGUAAUCGUCUUCGCAGUUUUUACCUGUCGGCAGCCGACAGUUCAUCCUGGUCAACUGUUCGCGCUGUUUAUUUGGAUAACAAUGAAAUUAGUGGCCUGCAAGAUCUUGAGAUAAGCAAAAUAUUGAGAAAUCUAUUGUCCAUAAAUCUUCAGCGGAAUCAAAUGAAAGAAGUGCCCAUACAUAUCUUGGAACAAUUUUCUCACCUUCUCAAAAUCAACCUCUCCGAAAAUCCAUGGACAUGUGACUGUAAUACUCUAACAUUUCAAAAGUGGCUUCAAAAGCACCACGAAAAGGUUUCAGAUAUAAACAAAGUAUAUUGCACCAACUCUAAUAACAGGAUGGAUUUUUUCAUAACACGGAAUAAAGAAAGAUUGCCAAUUCAUCAAUUGCCCAUUUCCGAAAUAUGCCCUCAAUCUAAUGUGCCAUUACAUUUUCUAGAUAUACUUAGCGGAAUUUGUGCGGUUUUGACUAUUCUCAUUGCUUUGAAAGCUGUUUAUGAUUAUUUUUGGCAAAAGAAAACAGGAAAACUACCCUAUUUUUUCAAACUAAAUUGUUGAGGAAGAAGCAUAAUUAAGAAUGUAAUUUCUUUUUCGUAAACACCAUCAAUUUGUUUCCAUCAAUAUUUAACUUGAUUCAAAUCUAUUACAACCAGUAAAAUGCAUUUCCACCAAAAUUAUACCAACCAGAUUACUCUUGGCAUUCGCUUAAACUGCAGUUUUAUUCGUAUAUCGACCAGGACUAAUCUGAUCCAAUAUUUUAUGAUGAUUGGCCCGCUAAAUGCUCCACUGGCUCAAAAUAUGACAGAAUCUUCUUCCAUAUGAAUGCAUUCUGACGAUCUCUUUUGCUCAUCGAGAGCUCAUCAUUAAUUUCUAGUCUUAAUCAUAAUUCUUGUCUUUCUGUGCUUACAUUACCUAAUAUUGUGACUACAAUCUCACUCAUUGUUAGUGCUAAUUGUAUAUGGUUAGUCAAAUGUUGCUCAUUUCAUAACUUUGUUCAAAAAUGUCUAAAAUUUUUAUUAAUCUAUGUUCAUUGUUGUGCAUUCUCAAAAGAUAAAUGAAUGUAAAACGAAUUCUUUGAAUGAAUUUCAUAAAAUUUAAAUCUUGUUCGAACAUCAA